GUUAGUUGUGCAACAGAAACGCAUCCAAAUGGUUGCCGAGAAAGUAAUUUUGGCCUACUCCGGUGGCCUGGAUACGAGUUGUAUAUUGAAAUGGUUGCUGGAGCAGCAGUAUGAGGUUAUUUGCGUUUUGGCCGAUGUUGGUCAAGCGGAAGAUAUGCAAAUGGCACGCGAAAAGGCGCUCAAGAUAGGCGCCAGUGAGAUUGUUGUAGCCGAUGUGAGGCAAAGUUUCGCGGAGCAAUACAUUUGGCCAGCGAUACAAAUGGGAUUAAUAUACGAGGAGCGCUAUUUGCUGGGCACCUCAUUGGCGAGACCUUGCAUAAGCGUGGCUUUAGUCGAGGCUGCACGCAAAUACGGCGCAAAGUACUUGGCACAUGGCGCCACAGGCAAAGGCAAUGACCAAGUGCGCUUCGAGCUCUGCGCUUAUGCGCUGAUGCCCGAACUAAAGAUUAUAGCGCCUUGGCGUGAUGUGAACUUUUGUGAACGCUUUCAAGGACGUCAGGAUUUGAUUGCUUAUGCGCAAGCAGCGGGCAUUGAAGUUACCGCCAAGCCGGCAACACCUUGGAGCACCGACGCCAAUAUGCUACAUAUAAGCUAUGAGUCUGGCGUGCUUGAGGAUCCAAAUGUUGUGGCGCCCAGCAGUCUCUACGAGCUGACACUCGACCCCUUGACGCGCGCACCGCGCAGCUCGAAGCGCGUUUGCAUUUACUUUGAGCAUGGUCUGCCCACAGGCGUGGAGGACUUGGCCAGCAGCCAUGUGUACAGCACGCCAGUGGAAAUGCUCAAGUAUUUGAAUGACUUGGGCGGCACUUACGGCAUUGGUCGCAUUGAUAUUGUAGAGAAUCGCUUUGUGGGCUUGAAGUCGCGCGGCGUCUAUGAAACACCCGGUGGCACUAUAUUCUAUGCAGCUCAUCAGGAUCUGGAGUUGUUUACGCUAGAUCGCGAGGUGUUGCGCACCAAGCAGCUGCUGCGUGAUCGCAUGUCCGACUAUGUGUACAAUGGCUUCUGGUUUAGUCCCGAGGCCAGCUAUGUGCGUCAAUGCAUUCAGUUGUCCCAGCAGCAUGUCACUGGACAAGUGACAAUGGAGCUGGCAGCUGGCUACUGUCGCGCCAUAGCGCGCCAAGCAACUGGCAGCUCGCUCUACAACAAGCAGCUGGUCUCAAUGGAUGAGCAUGGCGGCUAUGUGCCACAGGAUGCUGCUGGCUUCAUAGCCAUCAAUGCAGUGCGUAUACGCGAACAUGCACGCGCUUUCGGUGCCUAUGACAAGCACUGAAAAUAAAUUAUCAAACAUAUUAAAGCUAUUCAAGCUGUUAUACCUGC